ACUGAACGGCGGCUUGCGGUGAAAAUUACUAUUCUGAGGGUCAAUUUAAAUGCAUAACGCCACUAAAUUUGUGCAGACUGAGUUUCGUUUCAAUUCAACAGAAUUAUGUUUUCAAUUUUACCAUGGACUCGAUUUUCAAUUAAAAAAAGUUUCUGUUGGCAACCGGAUUCGAACCAAGAACCUUGACAUCACCAGGCUCGCACGCUACCACUCAGCUAUCGAACCGGUUGAUGAGAGAAGAAACAAAACGCACACAAGAAGCGUUGGUGGGUCGAUGAUCAUGUUUUGCCAUGGUAAAUUUAAAAACAUUUUUAUGCUUGUCAUUACUGCAAGGCUCCUUUCAGUGUAUGACAGAUACUCAAUGUAAGCAUACACGCUAAACGUGAUACAGUUAUACAAUAAUUUAUUAUGUGCAUACCACAAGGUACCACAACCAUGAUUCCAAUGCAUUGAUAUAGCCCGUGUCAGGGGCCUGCAUUUUCAUAAUUAAAUUUUGUGUUUUUCUCGAGAAAACUGCAUUAGAAAUUUAAAUGAUGACAGUAAUAUCAAUCACGAAUCCUUCAACCUUAAGCGCAAUCUUUUUACCGUAACUUUGCGGAUCAGUUUGCAACAGUGCCUUCUUGCAUUUUUGUUGUCCAAUCUUCUCAAAAAAUGUACAACAUUCUUCUCUUUGGUGAAACGGGAUCGGGAAAGUCAACCUUGAUCAAUUAUUUUACAAACUUUUUCCUCGGGGGAUCGCUCACAAACCUAAAAGUUGCUAUUCCAACCAAACACCACAAAGCGACCGAGAAAUGGAACUACUCCGAGAAGGAUCUACACGAUUCGAGUAAAAGCAAAACUCGCGACUGUAUUGACUACGUAUUCACGAAGGACGGCAUAACCUUCAACUUCAUCGAUACUCCCGGGCUGAGCGACACCGAGGGAACAGUCAAGGACGAUGAGAACGUGAUCAAGAUCAUGGCUGCUGCAGAAAAAAAGGAAAACCUGUCUGCCAUAAUCAUCGUGAUUAACGGUACCGUGGCAAGAGCAACUGUGAACUUGCGCAACACCCUUACUCUGUUGAAGGGCUCUGUACCGGAUGUUCUGUUAGACAACCUGCUGGUUGUGCUCACCAAUUGUUCAAAGGCCACAGCGAAUUUCGAUUUGAAGCAAUUGAAGCCAUGGGAUGUACCUAAAGAAAACGUUUUCCAUAUGAAUAACUCGGCUCUGAGCAUUCCAGUACAGCGAUGGAAGGAUGAUGAAGACAUUAUGGAAGAUCUUGUUGCUCACUGGAAUAAAUCGAUGAAGGCUGUGAAAGCAAUUACGACGAAAAUUAAACAGCUCGGUUAUAAAGCAACCCAUGCGUUCCGUGACAUGCGAGUAAAGAGGAACAAAAUCAAAGCGGAACUACAUAGCAUUUUGCUGGAGGUGAAGAAGCUGCAAACAUUGCAAGAUGAACUAAAUGGUGCCCAGGGCGCUGAAAAGGACGUUGCAAAUGACAUUCAAAAGUACUCCAAUUAUAAGCAAACCAAAGUAGUAAAAUAUGUGGAAAUGGAGGACACCCCUUAUCAUAGUACCAUUUGUAUGACGCACAGCAAAAUCUGCCAUGAAAAUUGUAGCCUGGAGUAUACGUCUGAACUGGGCGACGAGAUUUUUAUGCAUUGUAAGUGCAUGCGUUAUGAAGCAAACUGUCGGAAAUGUGGUUGUGACCAUUCGACGCACUAUCACGACACAAAGAAGCCGGUGAAGAAGAAGAAAACCAUUGAAAGCAUCUUGCACGACGUGAAGGCCUUAUACGACCAGAAUACCAGCAAGAAGCUCGAUCUUGAAAAAAAAAUCAGCGACCUCAGUGCCGAUAUUGAAGCGCUGAAGCACGCCCUGGACGUCAAGGAGGCGGACAUUGAAAAGUGCUGCGAGGACCUGAAAACGCUCUGCUCGCAGUUCAACUUUGUCGACGAGCUGCAAAGCAUCAUCGACACAAUGGAGCGAGAUGCGCGCACACUGACGAACGUUGAGGCACGGAAGGAUGCUAACUGUCGCAUCAGUAACAUCGCCCAGCUAGCCAACAAGCUCUCGGCGAACUAGUGAGGAGAGGACUAUAGACACUAUAGAUUCCAUAGACUCGCGAAGGCGAAGACAACUGUAGCCAAACGAACUGUCAGUUCGUGUAGCCAAACGAGCAUGACGUCACGAUUUUAAUAGCGACAAUGGAUUGCGUGACGUCAUAUUUGCUUGGUACACUCUAAAUUCACGGUAAAACACACUAAAAUCGUAUUGCUCAACCAUGUCUCCGCGAGUCUAUGGAAUCUAUAGUGUCUAUAGUGAGGACCCGAGCACCAAGGUGAGUUCAGCGAUCAUCUAUAAGAAAAAUGCAGUUGAAAUAAAUGUUCUUUUAUUCAUUUUACUGGAGUGGCUCAAAUACCUCAUUUAUUUGUGAAAUGUUGUACCCAGUAGGGUAGACCCUGGACCCUAGAGGCAAGACAUGAUUGCUGUUAGCUUCUUAUAACAUCUGCCUUUAUUUUUGUAGAGAUAAUAGGGGUGCUCAGUUUUACAGUUUCUGACAGAAUGAUCUUUAUUUCAGUUAUUGAAAAGUCAUGGCCUGCUUACAAUCAUCUAAGUCUGUUGAGUCAGUCCGUACACAGUAAUAUUAUAUAAGUACUACAAUUCGGCCAUCCUGAUCUCCGCGAUGUCCUCAUCGAUACCAUUUUGGUCUACUUCACUAUGCACCCAUUUUCUCAUAUUUUGCGGAGAACAAACCGAUUCAAAAGGAACACUUGAAACUUGCAGUCCAUCAAUGUCAGAUACAACAUAUCUUUCAUUUGACAAAACUUUUUUAAUAAUAUAUGGCCCUUUGAACUUUGGAGAUAAAUUAUGAGACUCAAUUGUUUUCAAUACUACAAAAUCGCCUAUCUUAUAAUCAGGACAUUUUAAUCUUUUCUUGUCCGUGAUGCUUUUGUUAUAAUUUUGAACUUCUAAAUUCUUUCGACGAGCUUUUUCACGAAUGUUUUGUAUAUUUUGAGCAGUAAUAUCAGGUUGAUUGUUUUGAAUAAAACAUUCAAUAUUAUGUUUUUCUAUGUCUGAAGGAUUUUGCUGAACUCCGAAAAGCAAAACACUAGGGUAGUUAUUAAUCGACCAAUGGUAUGUGUUAUUGAAUACAUACUCAAUCUUUGGUAACAGUUUAUCCCAUUUUAACGAAUUUUCACUACACAUUUUAGCAAGCAUUGGGGUGAGAGUUUUGUUGAUACGUUCGACUUGUCCAUUUGCCUCUGGUGUUCUUACAGCAGUUUUAAUAUGUUCUAUGUUAUUCUUCUUUAUAAAUUCAUCAAUUUUUUUCUGAUGUAAAACACGUGCCUCUAUCAGAUAUAAUCUUAUUCGGUUUACUAUAAUAUUGUAUAUAACUAUCAAGAUGAUUGAUAACCUUUUCUGUACCUGUAGAUCUAGUAGCAUAAAAUUUUGUAUAUUUUGUAAAAGCAUCAACUAUUACCAAAAUGAAUUUAGAUUUAUUCGACGAUGCUAACUUUAUCAGCCCAUAGUGGUCUACAUGUAAUGUAUCAAAUGGUUGACUUCCUUUAUCAACUAUUUUAAGAAAUCCCUCCUUUUUAUUAGUUGGACUGUAAAAAAUACAUGUAAGGCAUUUUUUUAUAUAGCUUUUGACAAUCUUUUUCAUACUACUAAACCAAUACAUUUUUUUAAUCUCAUGAAUAGUUUUUUCAAAACCUAUAUCACAGACAUGUCUGUGCCUAUAUGCCCACAGUUGUCAUGAUAUAAUCGUAUAACGUUGUCUAUCAUAGACUUUCCCGAGCAGAAGAGCAUACCUUACAAAUACCACGCGAAGAGCAACAUAUGCUCUAAUACCACAGAGAACAGACGAACAUGCUCGAACAAAUUUGCUUGAAAAUCUUGUGUAAAGAAAAAAUAAGCUCAGUAGCGACAUCGACGGCGACUUUCCCACUCAAAAACUUGUUUCGACACCAUGAUGGUGCUUUCUGAAGAAAUAUUUCACUAGCGAACCUUUAAAUAUUCCUACUCAGAUUCUGAGCUGUAUAUGCUUAAAUAAGAAGAUGUAUAUGAAUAUUUCACUAAUCCAGCAACAAAAUUUGAGCAACCCAUAGAUAAUUAGUUUCAUUAUUUUCAAUAAGAAACAAGAUGAACAAAAAUUCAAUUAUUGUUUUCCAAGUAAAACCAACACAUUCUCUUGGUGGAACUAUACUAGAGUGCACUCUUGGUGACGCUAGCGCCAAAAGGUAAAACAACGGCAAAUUUGUACCCUAUUUCGUAAUUUGACAGCGCCGCAUAAUGGCCACAUUCCCAGUUAUUUCAAAACAACCGUUGCAAUGCUUUACACAACUGCACUACAUGAGCUUGGACGUCUGUUCUCUGUGCUAAUACAUAAAAUUGUUAUUGCUGCGUUAUUCCACAGAGAACAGACGUCGAAGCUCAUGCAGUGCAGUUGUGUAAAGAAUUGCAACGGUUGUUUUGAAAUAACUGGCAAUGUGGCCAUUACGCGGCGCUGUCUCAUUCCGAAUCGCGGUGCAAAUUCGCCGAUGUUUUAUCUUUUAGGGGUCAUUCAAAAAUGACGUCCAUAGUUUAGGGGGGAGGGGGCCCGAAUAAAAAAUACAGUAGAAAAACCGAACGUUGUAUUGUAACAGUACUAUUUAAAACCAUAUUUUUACAAUAGACACCACUGUAAAAAUAAAAAUACAAAAACAAUAAAAUGUAAUGUACAACCCAAUACAGUAUAUUGUAAAUAAGAUUUUUACAAUAUACUAUACGGGUGGUUAAGUAUCGUAACAAUAUAAAAAAAUAUUUUUCUCCAUAUAUAUUUUUUUUGCAAAACCAUACAUUAUAUUGUAAAUGAAUUGUUAUAAAAACUGAUACGUGGGUUUAAUAAACCGUACAUUGUAUGGUACACAUAUGGUUUCAAACAAUAAAAUGUACCGUAAAUAUAUUGUUUUCAAUUGUAGUUUCACUACUGGUUAUACAUUUAAUUAAAUGGUUUUGGAAUGGUUCUCUUUUGUUGUGUUGUAUUAGUUUACAUUACAUAAACCAUAUAAUGUUAUAUUAUCUUGUCAUUUUCCUCCUGUUAAUGGCAUCUUAGGCUUACUAGCAUUAUGAGAAUGCGCUUUGGGAAUUCUCCAGAGCGUUUUGGAUAACCCUUCAUAUUGGAUCGCCCACGUCUAAGUCUGAGUCGAGGUCUGAGUAGUCUCUGAUUGCAUUAACAGUUGAAGCUUAGGCUCCCAUGCCCCACCAGCCAGAUAACUGGGUUUCGCAAACUAAGCAUUAUUUGUGGCAACACUUUUAGCGGCAUGAUGGAACUAUGCCGAGCGCGCUAAGUAUUAUUAGACCACUAAUGUAGUUGCAUGAAGUGGGUGACGAGGUACAUAAGUAUCAUUACAGCGUGCUUAGCUUAACCGUUUUUGCAAUAUUGAGGCUCCAGUUUGACCAAAGUUUGAAAUACACGAGGAAAUACAUAACAACUCAUGAGAAAACUGUCAAGUUCGAUUCAAGUAUAAGUUAGGUUAAAAAGCGAACCCACAGACGAACCUAUAUUAGAAUUUCUUUCAGUAUUCAGUCCAGUCCAUAUGUUAAAGAUGGCUCUACGAUAAAGUACGUCAAUCGUAUUCCUCUCAUCGCACUCUACAUACCUAGUCCACCAUAUCUCUUGGAUCUGCAGUUCUUAAGAGAUCUGGUUUACUACUUAUUUAAACAUUUUAUUGACUUUAGAUUAAUGAUGAUGAUUAACCUGGGCUUGUUAGGGGAAUAUCCGUAAGUAAAACGAAAUCGCGUUAAUUCAAAGAAACAGUACUUAACGCGAUUUUCUUUUUACUUUUAAAUUGAUGUUUCAACUUAUUCACUUUUUUUCUUUCCUU